ACCAAAUUCAAAAUAAUUUUUCACUGCGCAAGCAAUUUAGUGUUUUGGUUUGCUUGAAGUUUAUGUAAUUUACGCCUAUGGGGGAUCAAGAUUCUAAUCAAAAUGGAAACUAUGCAUUUGGAAAGAGUGAGUUUAGCAAGGAGGAACAUGUUGCUAUCCAAGAUGCCCUGAGAAAAAAACUUGGACCAGAGUUUAUAAGCCAACGAGCUGGCGCUGGAGGCCAGAAGCUAGCAUACAUUGAGGGAUGGCGUCUCAUUAAUUUGGCUAAUGAAACAUUUGGCUUCAAUGGCUGGUCACACUCUGUCACACAUCAGACUGUUGAUUUUGUAGAUAGUUACAAUAGCAAGUAUUAUGUCGGAGUCAGUGCAUUUGUCAAAGUUCAACUAAAGGAUGGUGUUUACCAUGAAGAUAUUGGCUAUGGAGUAUGCGAGGGUAUGAAAUCAAAGGCUUUGUCCAUAGAGAAAGCAAGGAAAGAAGCUGUCACAGAUGGACUAAAGCGUGCUCUAAAAAGCUUUGGAAACUCAUUAGGGAAUUGUUUAGGGGACAAGAAUUAUCUUAAGGCAAUAAACAGAGCACCCAAGCCACCAGCUGAAAAUUAUGAUACUACAGAAAUGCGUCACACAUUUGAAGAUAAAGUUGUGGCCACAGCUCGGUAUAUAAAACCUACAAGAGAAACAACACCCAAAAAUACAAAAAAUGAUACCAUUCAACCAGCUACAGACAGUGCACAGAAACCUAUAAAAUCUGAUUCUGAGUCAUCAAAUGCUCCUGUUAAAAAGGCUAUGGACACUAGCACUGUUGUGAUCCCACGAGCAAGUAGGACUAGCAGUACAAGGACCCCUGUAAUGUCCAAGCCUAGUGAUGCUUCUGGGUCUAAAAUAGAUGGAACUGCUACAGGUACUUCUAAAAAUCUAGAUAGUAAACCAACUCUGGUGUCCAAACAAGACAAUGCAACAUUAACGCGGAGUGAAGUUGCCCGAAAACGAACCAUGUCAAUAGAUCCAGGUCAAUUAAAUGUAGCAACAUCUAGGAGUAAAUCGGCUGAUUCAGAUAAUAAUGCAACUUCUGCAGGAGAGUUUCUCAUACCGAAUAUGGCAGGGGAAGAUGAUGCUGCAAAAUUACAAAGAAAAUUAAAACAGAAACAAAGACAACAAGAGUUCCAAGAAAAAUUGAAGCAAAAACUACAUACAAGUACAAAGAGCCUACCUGGGUCACCUGCUAAUGCUGUUCCCUUGGCAACCUCAACACCAAUGAAUAGUGAAGAUAAUAACAUAAAAGAACCUUUACAGGACAGACUCAUCCCUGCUGACUUCUGUGAUGACCCUGACUUGUGGAACCAGACAUUUGAAGUACAAGAAGCUGUGGAUCAGGGACAUGAUGCUAAGAACAUGAACCCAAGUGACAACCCAGAUGUCCCUUUUAGGCAUCACCAAUACAAUACAAGGGAACUUAUGAUAGCACAUGCUCACCAACAAAUGGGAAAGAAAAGACGUCUAGAUGAUGCAUCCUGAUAAUAUCACUUGAAUAUAUCUACAAUGACAACCCACAAAAAUCAACAACAGUAAUUUGGAAAUCCAAUUUCAAGAUUACAUGACGCAUAUAAUGAUGGAUUACUGAGGGGAUAUGGUUAUUAAGGAUAUUAAAUAUAUGACAGACCAUAAAAAUGUUAAUCUGGUGAUGACAAGGCUGGAUUUUAAUUCCUAUGUUAUUUUCUGGAAUAAUGAGAUUACAUACUCAAAGUGAGUAUUAAGGUAGUAAUGCCUUAAUAUUGUAUACUGCAUGCUGUACAAAAAUAUAUAUUUAGUUGAUUCCAGUGUAUGUAAUACAAUAAAUGAACUUGAUAUCUAAAAUGUAUGACUUCAUGUACAUUUUAUCAAACUAGUUGUCUGAAAAGCUAUUUUUACUUCUAUAUAACAUAUAUAUACUUAAGAAAUUAUGGAGACUGAUAUAAUGAUUAUAAAUGAUUCAUUCCAUACAUUCAUUUAUUAAGAUUGAGUAUUCUUGUAGACAUACAAAAUUGCAAUAACUUAUGUAAGCCUAUUUAACUAAGACAUGUUCAUAAAUGUCUUAGUUAGUACUUAAUUAUCACCACAUCAAAAUUCUUAUUUUUGAUCUUCAUACCUCUAAGAAAUAAUGUUAUAUCCACAUAUGUGAAUGUAUACUGUACAUGUAUUUGCUAGCAUAUGAUGCUAACCUAGACAACAGCCCUUGUAAUUGGUUCUAAACAGCUGUUUUAAAUAAAUGUGAUGAAACAGACAACUGAAUCAUAAUGCUUAUUAGAUUCUGAAUGGGUCUUCACCACCCAUUAUCAUGGCAUAAGCAUUAUGCAUAUACAGGCCUCCUAGACUUCCACCAAUGCAAACAUCAGUUCUGACCUUGCAAACUACGUUCCUUGCACUCGAACC